AUGAACUGGUGGGUGAAGAAAGAGUUCCCUAGGGAUAGAGAUAAUAUAUUAGAAAUAGCAAUGCAAGAGGCGCAUAUAGUCGCUUCACCAGAAAUUCAGAUUUUUGAGAAUGAGACAGAGAGAGAAGUGGAGGGCUUGUUGGGAGAGGAAUCCGUGGUUAAUGAUGAUAAUGAUACGUGGGUAGAGACAGGAGCGCUUGAUUUGACGGUAAGCAGGAGGAUGGAGGAGAAGAAAAAUGAGGUGGUGGAGGCAGUUAUUGGAGUUGCAACGAGCGAAGAGCAGGCAUUAGAUCUUAGGAUAGUUAGAAGGAGAGAUGUGGAAGUAGUUGAAAAAAUUGAGAAUGAAAGAGAUGAUAAUAAUAGAAAUGAGAUGAUUGAUAAUGAAGUAGUACUUGGUGAUAUAGAGAGAAGUUCCGAAGUGCGUAGAGAAGAAUUAGAUGAGCAGAAUGCAGAAGAAUCCAACAUAGUUAGUAAGCCGAGAUCAAGAGAAAGAGUAAGACAUUCUUUAAAACGAAACAGAUCGGUAAGCUCGUCAUCAUCUAGCUCAUCAUCUAGUGACGAGUCAUCAUCAAGUGAAGACGAGAGGGAAAAAAGGGAAAACAAAUUCUGCAAGAUAAUGUGUGACAUGGUAAAGAGAACAGGGAACAUUAUUGGUAGCCAAAUUAUAUCCAAUGCUGAAAUGAUAAAUAAAUUACAAAGAACAGUUGAUGAACUUAGAAAAGAAGUUGCCGAACUAAAGAAAGAGAAAGAUAGUAGAGAUGGAAAGGAGGUAAAGAGUGAUGUAGAAAAAAGGAGUGAUGUAGGAGAAAAGAGUGUUACAGGAGUUAAGAAGAGUAAGGAAGGAAAUGGUGAAAAAAAUGAUAAAAAGAGUCUAGGAGAGAGGAAAGAAGUGGUGUUGAAAGAACCGAGUAAUAUAAAGGAUAAGAGAAACGAGGAAAAGGAAAACAGAGGGGAGAACAGAGGGGAGAACAGAGAAGUCGGUAGACGCCAACACUUUAACGUAAAGGGUCAACACAACAACUCGAGAUACUACAGUGGUUGGAAUAGGCGCAGAGAGUGGAUGCCGUACAAUAAGAAAUAUUGA